AUGCUCGCCGCCGUCCUACCCCUCCUCCGCUACGCGCCGCGGGUGGGCGGCCGCCCCUCGCUGCACCGCUCCUCGCUGCACCGCGCGGUGUGCUCGUCGGCCGACGGCGGCUCCUUUGCGGAGCUCGGUGUGUCCGAGCCGCUGCUGGCGGGCCUGCAGGGGUUGGGGUUCGAGGCGCCGACCGAGAUCCAGCGGCAGGCGUGGCCGUUCGUGCGCGGCGGCGGCGACGUGGUGCUGCUCGACGAGACCGGGUCGGGCAAGACGAUCGCCUACGCGCUGCCGGUGCUGCAGGCGAUGCUCGAGGAGAGGGAGGAGCUGGUCGCAGAGGCGAGGAGGGCGCGCGGCGAGGAGGGGCGGCUGGUGCUGCCGCGCGUGCCGUCGCAGGCGCUGCUGCUCGCGCCCAACCGCGAGCUCGUCGUGCAGGUCCACGCGACGGUGCGAGCGCUGCUCGCCGGCCUGCCUCCGUCGCUGCAGCUGCGCUCGUCGGCGCUGACCGAGGACAGAGGGGCGAUCCGAGACCGGUACGAGGUGGAGCAGAUCUGCGCCGAGCUCAAGCGGGCGGCCAAGGCGUCGGCGGCCGAGGAGGGCUCGAUGGCGGGGAGGGACCUCGCACGCGCUCGCAUCGGAUUGCACCGCGUCGGCAGCGACGCGGAGCGGCAGGCGGUGAGGGACUCGGCACGCGUGGCUCUCAUUGUGAAGUGGGCGGGCCUCAAGCAGUUUGUGCUGGUGGGCGCCACCAUGCCGAACGCUGGCACGAAGAACGUCCACCUGCACGUCGAGCGGAGCUGGCCGGCGGCGGCGUGGGUGCGCACCGGCCGCGAGCACCACUCGAUCGGCCCUCGGCUGCGUCAGUUCUUCGUGCGGGUGGGCGAGGAGAGCCGCGCCGCCGCGCUCCGCGCCGCAGUGCAGCAGGGGCCGCAGGGCCGCACUCUGGUGUUCGCAAACACGCUCGCCCCGGCGGAGGCGGCCGAGGCGGAGCUGCAGGGCGUCCGCACUUGCGCCGCCUUCCACAACGGCGUGGGUCCGGAGGAGCGGCGGGAGCACCUCGCAGCCUUCCAGCAGGGGGAGCUGCCCGUCCUCGUCUGCACCGGCCUCGCCUCGCGCGGGAUCGACUUCACCGACGUUGCCCACGUGGUGCAGUACGAGAUGGCGGCCAACGCGGUCGAGUACAUCCACCGCGUGGGCCGCACCGCGCGCGCCGGCCGCUCCGGCGUCGCCACCGCCCUCUACACCGACCUCAGCGCCCCGCUCGUCGACGCGCUGCGCUCCGCGUCCGAGCGGGGCGACCCGAUCGACGCCCUCUUCUCGCGCCGGCGGCUCUUUCGGAAAAAGUUCAACAAGGCGAGGGAGUAUGAGCUCGGCCAGCGUGCAAGUCAGGCGGGCAGGCAGUCCUAGGGGCUUUGUCACGAGUUCAGAGCUGGGGUGAGAG